AUGAGAACCAUUAGGAAUUUAUUGAGAAUUGAAACUCGAGUAAAGGCAGAAUGGCCGAGUGGUUUAUGGAAAAUCCAGCUUGUUCUUAACACAACUGUGCAGAAAUCAACUAAUUUGACUCCACUGCAAUUACUCCUGGGAAUCCGAAGUUCGACACCAUUGAUACAGGCGUUAUUGAAAAAUGUGUCAAAGGAUCUGUCUUCAAUAAGAAACCGAGAUUUGGAUAGACAGCGAGUAGCAGAAAAAUUGUCCUCGACACGUGAUCUGAACGAUGUUAAUAAGAGAAGAAGAGAUAACGUUCAGUACUCGCCUGGUGACUUUGUGCUGAUGCACCGUGAUUCUCAGAUGCACAUUAGUAAAAGCGAUUAUGAGUUUCUGGGUCCAUACGAGGAGGUGAACUGCCUGGAUAAUGGACGCUAUGAAAUUAAGAAGGUUGGCACGAACAUCGUGACGAAAGCAGCCAAGGAGCAGCUCAGACGGUGGCCUAUACAAUGGGCUUUGAAUGUUGACAUGAAUGAAGUAUUGGAUUUUCUGGAGUCAGAAAGUGACUCAGUUGAAAGAGAAGAUAGGUCUUCUGGAGAAAAAUGCGUCGAGAGCGUCGCAGUUGUCGGGAAGGCCGUGUAA